AUGAUACCAGUUAUUAGAAUGAGUGAAGACGACAUAAUGAUGAGAAACUAUUAUAUGCCUAACAAUAUAACAAAUGCCUGUGUUAGUGCCAACAGUAGACUUGGGAGAAAUGAAGCGACAGCACAUGAAAAUCUAAAUAUGAAAAUGUAUGGGAAUAUUCAAUAUGUAGGACAAAUGACAAGUUCACAACAACAUCAACAACAACAACAACAGCCAAGAGUUGUUGAUCCAAUGACAGUAGGUGUUCCAAUAUUACCCAAGAUCCAACAUUUAACCCAGAGUAAUGGUACAAGCAACAGUAACAAUACUAAUACCACUGCCAACAAUCCUAACAAUAACAGCAAUGGUAGUGCCAACGGUCUUAAAUUUGCGACAGAGGUUUAUUUACCAGAGCUUCGGAACGUAGCUAUAACAACGACAUCCAAUGAUAAUAUUAAGGGGUCGAGUAUAAGUAGUUCAGCUAAUAGUGGGACAACCGCCAAUACGCCGGUAUCCACAACUCCAGUUGGAUCUACUUCUGUUUCUACUUCUGGCGCCGGUACUGGUGUGAUGGCUACGUCAUCUGUCGUCACUAGUACACCAUCACCAAUUAGUGUCAUUGAUAGACCAACGGUGAAUAGAGGUAUACAAAAGAGUAAAAACGCUAGUAAAAGAGCGAUACAGAAUCGUAAUGCACAGAAGGCAUUCAGAGAAAGAAAGAAACUGUAUAUUCAAGAAUUGGAGAGAAAAGCUUAUGGAUAUGAUCGGUUGGUAAUGGAAAACACGACUUUAAAGAAUGAAUUGCAUCAAACAAAGCGGAUUUUACAAAUUGUACAAAAUAAUAAUGUUCAGACAACCACAUUCGGUCGUUAA